CUUAAGUCAUUAAUAAACCUUCCCACAUCUCUAAGCCUCCUGUAGACGGCACAAAUAUGUUUUUAACAUUUUCUAACUGUUCAUCCAAGACUUUACAUGAUCCUUGUCUCUUCACCGUCCACUUGUUCUUGCCUCCGGUACUCUACCUUGUGCUGUCAAACGCCCUUAGGAAAGUACAAAUAUCCUACACUAUAAGGUCCUUCAGUGGGGCUGCCCGAUAGUGAAUAACUAUACGAGAGUUGUCAACACCGAACCGUCCAGCCUCUCAUGUAUUACCUUCGUUUAUACUGGAUGUCGUGUCUCCCUCCUGGAUCUCUUUCUGGUGUUAGAAAUUAUUUAGGGACUUUUAUGUUUAGUGCUUAGCUUUCAUACCUUAUCCGCGCUCUGUCAAGAGAGUAAUUGGACUCUACUCGGGCUUCCCCAAGUAUCAUAAUUGGAGGCGAGGUGAGAGCGAGUGUGACUGCCAGUUAAACUCGGUCCUCACCAGAGGGAAGGUCUCCAGUCCCGGGCUCUCCCGCAUUGCCCUGUGUCUUAAAAUUUGGAUCUGUUUGUUUGUGGUGCGUUGUGAUGUGCCGUCAGGUUGUGUUAGUGUUGCUGGCAUUCACUUCAUCCUACCUCCUGUUCUACUUCCAUAAUUUUUAUCCACACCCGGUCUCCUACGAGCUCAAGCCGGCUUCAUAUCUCUCCAAGCAGGCUUCUGAUGCUAUCGAGGCUGUUUCUAAGCUUCUUCAACCGGAUGUUGUCUAUAAAUACGCACCGGCCUUUUACAAUGAAACCGAAAUAAAAGGUAUCAACAGAAGUGUGGUGGCAACUGGACGAUGUUUUCCUCAGCCCCGGUACCUGCCUCUCCCCCGUGACAACCUGUUCAACUGCUCGCUGCCCUACGUCACCAUGAACUGGGGAGCCCGAACAGGAAACAAGAUUUGCCAGUACAUGUCCCUGUCUUUGUUGAGGAAGGUGUUUGGCGUGCGGGUGUCUCUACUUAAUAACUUGCAGAAACCAUUGGAAAAAAUCUUUUUUAAGUUGGAUUUGCCUGGUGAAGAUCCUGAAUGUUUCCCAAGAUACACUAGAAGCAUUCGCUUCACUGAUCUUUACCGAAAACUUGUUGCCGAGAGCCGUAAAGUAGUGCUAUCUGACGAACAACCAACUCACUACCCCCUCAAAGAAACUGUUUAUGUGAAGGACAACCCCUGUCCACCCGACAUGCUGUUCCCAUUCAGAGAUCAGUUUCGUCAAGAGUUGGUCUUCAAGAAGGAGUUAACUGACAAGGCCAGACAAAAGAUUGAUGAGGGAAUUAAGGCACUUGGUAUUUAUACCAACAAAAACAUCACCAAAGUCACCGUUCACGUCCGUAGAACAGAUUAUAUUGGAUAUAUAAAAUCGAGGUUCCAGCUCACUCCGCUGGACAAACUUUAUUUUCAACGAGCGUUUGAUUUCUUCAGGAAAAAAGUGCCUUACCCAGUCUUCCUGGUGACCAGUGACGACCCCAAGUGGUGUAAGGAAAACCUUAUCGACAAAGAUGUUGCUUUUGUUGGUUCCUUCUCGUCCGUGGACUUGGCGCUGCUAUCAUUCGGUGACCACCACAUAAUUAGUUACGGCACCUUUGGCUUCGUCAGCUCCUUCCUCGGGCGUGGCAUCAUUGUUUAUCCAUAUAGUGAGAAAAGCUGGCCUUUCUUCCGUUGCAUAAAUACCCCAAUGUACCAACCGAUUCAUAGAGAUUAGAAUGUACCGUCAACCAAUCUUUGUUAGGAUAGUAUUCACUCGUGAAGUGAUUGACGAAAAUAACUUCUAGUCUAUAUCUUGUCAGACCAAGUUAUGAAACUUCCUUCCAACCAGUCGAUCGCGGCUGACUGACUCACUUCUCGCUGUGUUACUAUUUAGUUGUUGUAUUAUGGUUGUUAGAUAAUUAAUUUUAGUAUAAUACAUAACAUAAUAUUUAUUUCAUGUUGAUAUAUAUGUAGGAUGCUCCAUUUUGUUGGACUCAUAGGGAGAAAUAAAGAUACACCGUAUUUGGGUAGAAAGAUAACAAAAGGCACCAGUAAUGAUGUUGAACAUAAACAAUAGAUACAAUAGUUUAAAUCAAGUACCAAUAAUCUUUCUGUCUUUAUUACUCCGUGUGGAACAGCAGCUAAGACUGGAUCCAUACUAACGGUUUACUGAAAGAGCAUAGCAGCCAGAGGCUGAAAAUAUACAGUUACAUAAUUGGGGAAUGGGUUUCGAUUUAC